CAGCGUGCGACGCGGGGGGUCUCCUUAGCAACGGAGAGAUGCGGCAGCUAUGGCGCUCAGGCUGCCCUUGCUUCUCCUCUUGUUCUUCUCAGUGUCAGGAUUGUCGAAGGCCCAGACGGAGGAGGAAAACGUUACCCCGAAGGCCGAGGAAGUAAACAGUACUUUGAAGCCAGAAGAAAGCAGCACUAUUCUGAUGGCGGAGGACAUUAACAGUACUUUGGGGGCGGAGAAUAGGACUCUGAAGGCGGAGGAGGCCCCCACGGAAGCGGCGCGACCCAGCGAAACGACGCCCGAAGUCCAGAGGGACGAGAGCCCUGAAUCUCCAGGCGACUUACUCUGCCCCUGUGACCUCCAUCCAGGUUUCUGUGACCUUAACUGCUGCUGUGAUUCAAACUGUGGCUUACAAUGCAACCUGGGGAGCUCCGACUGCCCCUUCUCCUUCUGCCUUCCAGGCAGCACCAGGGCUGUGAGUCAGAUGUGUUUGGACAAGUCUCUCAUUUUCCGAAAUAACACUCCCUACCGCACUCAGAUCGUCCCUAGUUCUGAUGGCUGUAAAUUGCUCUUCUGUGUACAAUUAAAUGAUUCAAAACUGAACUAUUUACAGGAACCACAGUUGGUUACAAAAGCAAACUUCCCAGCACUUUCAGCAGAAUAUGGAGGGCCAUCCUUCAUAUUACCAGAACAAGCUCAGUCAUCUCCAGCUGCUUUUUACCAGAUGGGUAAUCAAAUUCAGACAUACUUUGCUUCAUCAUCUAUGUUGAGUGUGCUCAGACAACCUGUGGGUAUAGGAGUCAGCCAGCUUUGUCUAGAUGAAAAUCCUGCUGCUUUUCUAGAGAGUAAAAGCACAAACUGUUUGCGAAUAUUUACCGACCUGAUGAGAAGCUGCACUACCGAUCCUGUAUUGGAUGCAGCUUCAUAUUACCGUGAUUUCACUGUGCUAAAGGUCCCAGUCAACAAUACCGUGUUCCAACCUGAACAGGUCAACAUCACUGCACUCUCAGAGCCUGCUUCUCCUUCACUGAUUGGCGGCAUCUGCCACAAUGUCGUUACUGAGGUGUCCUAUGAGGUGCAGUUCAAUGGAAUCCUUGGAAUUCAAGAAGUUUCUGUUCAGUUCAAAUUAGCCAAUAUAUCUGGGAAUCCAAAAGCUACACUGCAACAACACUUCUCUCUGCAUUUUUGGAGUAGAAGCCCUUCCACCAGAAAGAGAAGUGGGAAUCCUGGCUAUAUUACAGGAGCCCCACUAAUAGCACUCUACAAUGGCACUGAGCAGUAUAUAACCAUUUUACAAAAUCAAGCUGAUGGGCGAUGUUCAGCAACUGAGAGGUAUAAUGUGCUGUUUGGAGAAAAUGUAAGAACAGGUUGCCAACUCAGUGUACCUUUCACACUGGAGGAAGAAAACUGUAGCAAUUUGCAGGAGAUGUUAUAUGAAGCCUUUCAAGGGGGACAUGGUCUAGGAAGUUUGGCUAUCACUGGAAAUGCUAACCCAGAACAUCUAGGUGAAUGGAACAGUAUAAUCACCAAAAGAUGCAAUGUGCAGAAUGGACACUGUAUGCUUCCUGUUUCUCUGAAGAUCCAGGUGAUAUGGGCUCAGGUGGGCCUCUUGUCUAACCCACAAGCUCAAGUAUUGGGAGCACGGUAUUAUUAUGUCUGCAAGCCUCUUACGUCCCUUGACAUAUCUAUGAACAUGAUAUCUUUGACGACUGCAGCUACCUUCACGGAUGUUACCAAAUGGCCAGAGCCACCACGUGGACAGCCUAGAAUUACUUGGAAGCUUCCAUUUGAUUUCUUCUUCCCUUUCAAAGUGGCAUUCAGUGGGGCUGUGAGCAAUUCAGUUAAUCUUGUUGGUAGUUUGCUCACCUCCCUAAUGUUAUAUGGACUGCAUGUUUCAUGAACUAAAGAGAUGCCUUUCUAUCAGGAGAAGAGACCUGUAAAGGUCAAACUUGUGUUACUUGUUGGGAAGUAAUCCGGCAUCCAGAAUGUAAUUGCCUUGGUGAAAGAAUAUUGAUGAGACAACCUGCUCUGCUAGCAGUGGGUGCUAUAUGUCCAAAGAUAAAAUUUCAGUUCAGUUUAAGAAUCUCUUUACAUGUUAAUCUGAACACAUCGCCAGUUAAAGAACCAACAGCCCGUGGUGGUAAGCUUUAACUGUUAUACUAUAUCAUUGGUCAGUUUCUAUACUGCUUCUAUACUUUUUAUACUGACUCUUUGGAUGUCAGCAUAAUGAAAAUAAGAGGUGGGAUCCAACAUCAUGGAAUAGAUCUUCUCUCUGUGUUCUUCUUAGACUCUCUUCUUCUCUAUAGCACCGGUUCUUUGCCUUUAUUCUACUGGUCAUCGUUUGCUAUCACUUUUAAGCCCUCAAAUGCUUUUCUAGCUUCAACAGAUUGUUUUUCAUCUCAGUCAAGAAAAAUACAAUAUAACCAUGACCUCCUGGUAUCUUCCUUUUCAUUAAAAAUAUAACAAAAUGGAAGGAGUUGUGUAACGUUAAAUUGAUAUCACACAACUCUGAUUAAAAUUAUUACUUUAUCUUUAUGGAGUAUCAUUAAACCUGAUAAAAUUCCUCUGUUAUUGUUAUUAUUGUUCGAUAAUCAUGCCUGUUUGUUUGACUCAUUUUAAUUGUACCAAUUAUUUGCCUUUACACUGCUAGCCAUGGCAGGAUACUGUCUCGCCUAGAGGAGUCAACCUAGGACAUGAAGAUUAUUUACAAGGAUCUUCCUAUGCACUCUGAGAGUGCAGCUAUUAAGUGCAAAACUCAGCUACUUAUGUGGCAAGACUUAGCUCACCAUCUUGAGGAUUAUGUAUACAACGUCAAUAAAACAUUUGGUAAAAAACAGUCCUUAAUUGUAUAUAUUUUACAAAUUAUUAUCCUGAAAUGUUAAUGUAUUCAACUUACAGCCUCAGUAACAAAAUCCAAUGUAUAACAUACGAAGAAUUAUGAAUUAUUUAGUUCGAAGCCAUCUUGUUGCAAAUGCACUGACUGAUUCACUAUGAAAAGGAAUAAAUAUGUUUGUCCUACA